GCAGGGUAGCUCUUUGGAAUCUGCAUCCCUGAUGCUUUUUUGGCUGUGAGAAUGCCUCCACAAUCAGGAGCUAGUGUUGAAAAGCCAAAACCUGGAUCAGAUGUUGGAAAGCUGUUCACCUGGGAGGAGAUAGGACUCCACUCAGGCAAAGGGAACUCUAAGGAAGACAAGUGGCUUGUCAUCAGCAAGAAAGUCUAUGAUAUCAGUCACUUCCAUCGGCUGCACCCUGGGGGCCCACGUGUCAUCAGCCACUAUGCUGGACAAGAUGCCACGGAUGCCUUCAGCGCUUUCCACAAGGAUGGGGACUUGGUAAGGAAAUACUUGCAUUCACUACUAAUUGGAGAACUGGCACCUGAUCAACCCAGCUGUGAGCCCACCAAAAAUGAAAUGCUGACAAAUGAUUUUCAGGAACUGCAUGCAACAGUCAAGAAGAUGGGACUCCUAAAGUCAAGUUACCCAUUCUUCAUCUUCAUGUUUCUGCAUGCUUUUGUGCUAGAUAUAGCAGCCUGGCUCACCAUCUGGUACUUUGGGAAAUCCUGGGUGCCCUUUCUGGCAGCUGUAGGACUAUUCACCAUUGCACAGAUUCAAUAUGGGUUCCUUCAGCAUGAUUUGGGGCACAUUUCAGUCUUUGAGAAACCCAAGUGGAAUAGGCUGGCUCAUUUCUUUGUAAUGGGAGUGCUUAAGGGUGGACCAGCAAGCCAGUGGAACCAUAUGCAUAACCAACACCAUGCCAAACCCAACUGCUUUCUCAAGGACCCAGAUCUCAACAUGCACCCUUUCCUGUUUAGCCUGGGGAAGAAACUCUCUGUGGAGCUUGGAAAAAAGAAAACAAAAUACAUGCCGUAUCAGCACCAGCACAAAUAUUUUAGCUUGCUGGCCCCACUGACCUUCGCCAUUUAUGUCCAGGUGAUUAUAUUCCGUUACACAAUCCAAAGGAAAAAAUGGCUAGAGCUUGCUUUCAUUCUGAUCUUCAAUGUCCGUGCCUGUCUCAUGUAUGUUCCUUUAAUGGGAUUUAAGAGUUUAAUGGGAUUCUAUUCGUUAGCCAGGCUACUAGAAAGUACUUGGUUUCUCUGGGUCUCACAGAUGAAUCACAUCCCAAUGAACAUUGAUUACGAUCAGAAUUUAGACUGGGUCUCUACUCAGCUCACAGCAACAUGUAAUGUGGAUCAAUCCUGGUUCAAUGACUGGUAUACUGGGCAUCUGAACUUCCAGAUUGAGCAUCACCUUUUUCCAACCAUGCCUCGACAUAAUUAUUGGAAAGUGGCUCCUCUGGUGAAGUCUCUCUGUGCCAAGCAUGGCGUUAAGUACCAGUGCAAGUCUUUGUUCACAGCCUUUGCUGACAUAUUGCGCUCUUUAAAGGCUUCAGGAGAGUGCUGGCAGGAUGCCUAUCUCCAUGGAUAAAAAGAAGCAAGACCCUGGCACUCUCAUCAUACAAUACAAUACAUUUAUUUUUACACCCCGCCUCCAUCUCCCCGAAGGUUCUCAGGAUGGCUUACAAAGGGACAUGCCCAACAAAAUAGGUUAAAAUAUGCAUCAAAACACAAGCAAUAUCAAACAUCAAUAAACAUAAAAUCAGAUAACAUUAUAAACAUUAUAAAAAUGACAACAUUAUAAAAACGAUUAACAGCUAUCAUGGCUGAGCAAAUAAAGUGCUGGGUUCAGUUCAUAAUUACUAAGUGCAAUGAAUACAGCACUCUUCAUGCAUUGUCACUAAAAAGUACUUUUUCAAAUUAAGCACCUGGGAUCCUGCAUGUGGAGCCCCUAAUAAUAAUAAUAAUAAUAAUAAUAAUAAUAAUAAUAAUAAUAAUGUUGUUGUUGUUCAUUCGUUCAGUCGUCUCCGACUCUUCGCGACCUCAUGGACCAGCCCACGCCAGAGCUCCCUGUCGGCCGUCACCACCACCAGCUCCUUCAAGGUCAGUCCAGUCACUUCAAGGAUGCCAUCCAUCCAUCUUGCCCUUGGUCGGCCCCUCUUCCUUUUGCCUUCCACUUUCCCCAGCAUAAUUGUCUUCUCUAGGCUUUGCUGUCUCCUCAUGAUGUGGCCAAAGUACUUCAACUUUGUCUCUAGUAUCCUUCCCUCCAGUGAGCA